CGAAGGCACAGACGAGUGUUCACACAAUGUCGGGUUGUUGGGUGCUGUGAAUCUCUGUGUCAGUGCCAGAAGUGCCAUGGAUACCUCACAGGCCCGUGGAACUGGAAACAGGAACAUCCCUGGAGCUGGAACACUGGAAUUGACCACCGGACUUCUGCACUGCCUCAGCGGUAACAGCCGUCCAACACGACCGCAAUGAACAUUAAUGUGUGGGGGAUGUAGGGAGGAUGUCACACGGGGAGGAGCGCGAGGCUCGGUCCGUGGCCUUGGAGAAGGCAUAUGUACAUCAGGUCUACCAACAGAUCUCGGCAGCACAGUAUCAACAAACAGAGAAGCAGUCGCGCUCCUGGCCCAGGGUAAAACAAUUCUUGGAGGACCUCGAACCUGGCUCCCUAGUCUGCGAUGUUGGUUGCGGUAACGGCAAGUACCUGAGUGUGAAUCCUCUGAUCUACCAGCUAGGGGCGGACCGUUGUGUGCAGCUCACUGAGGCGGCCAGGGAGAAGGAAAACGAGGUGUUAGUCUGUGAUAAUCUGGCUCUGCCCUUCCGUGACGACAGUUUUGAUGCGGUGUUGUCGAUAGCAGUUGUGCAUCACUUUGCCACAACUGAGAGACGAGUGGGAGCGUUACGGGAGCUGGCUAGAGUCUUGCGUAUCGGUGGAAGACUAGUCAUAUCAGUGUGGGCCAUGGAACAACGGCAUAGAAAGUUUGAGUCUCAGGACGUACUCGUUCCAUGGCACAGACCCCAACAUCUCAGUACACCCUCUCUAGAGUUGACUUCCACCACAACCACCACCUCUGAGGAGGAUGGUCCGCCCCCCUACCAUGCGUACACACAGACCUCGGACAGUGACUCUUGCAGAGCCGGUGUCAGUGGUCAGAGGAAGCGAGGUCGUAGUCGACAUAAAGGCAGAUCCAUUGACCCAACCAAACCUCCGACCUCCUCUCCCAGCAGCAGCAGUCUGUCCAGCCCAAACGAGACCUGCUACAGCUUUGUCCGUAGGGCUCUUCAGAAACUUGCUGGAGGAAAACGAGGAGGAUCACGACACAGACCAUGGUUCUUAGACUCUUGGACAUCAUGUGCAAAAGAGCCUUCCUCCCAUCGUUAUGACCCAGAGGGUUGUGAAGAUAUCCACAACUUACCAAUAGAGCUGCGAAGGUUAGAGGAAGAGCAAGAGGCACCCCAGCGGAGACAAACAUUUGCGUGUUCCCAUCAACUGUCGGAUGCACCUCUCAAUCACAAGUCAAAGAGUCUAACAGACAUAAUAACAGUGGAACAGAGAGCAAUAGUGAGGUCUCGGUCAAGUGUUCCCAGUCUUGAGGUUUCACCACCAGAAGAACGGGAGGACUCAACAACUACGGAAUGCUUAACCACUGGGACCAAACCGAAAUUAGUAAAACAGAAACAAUCAGUCUGUGAUGAAGAUUUGUAUGGGGAGGAGGAUGGAGACGAACCUACUGAUAUGAGAGAUUUAGUCAAAGCUCUCCCUGAGUUUAAGAUAUCUGGUUAUGGAGGGGUGAAAAGAGGAAAUGUGUUCAAACAGAGCUCAAUGAAUGAAGAGUUAAUGUCCACAGAAAGAUUGCGGGAAAAAGAACGAGUCAGGCAAAACAUUCAGAAACAAGCAUCGCUAAAUGAAGACCUUAUGUUUAGAAGAAAUAGAACACUAGAUUCACUUCGUGAUACACUGUUUUCUGCUUCAACUGCCAAAAGGUUUCAACUUUUGAAAAAUGGUCUUUCAAAUAAAAUCAAAAGUUCAACUACAAAUAUUGAGAAGGUUGCAGGUGCUUCCUUCAAAAACGGCUUUGUAAGGAUAUUACAGGGAUGGACAGGACAAGAUGUUGGAGCUCCGAUACCUCAGCCUGCCCCUCCACCCCAUACACCAGCGGCUGACUCUAAGAAUCUCCUGGUGGAAGAGAAGAAAGAUACUGAAAGAAGACAUUCAAGGGAAGAUGGCUCAGACUCCUCUAAAGACAGUAGUCUUCAAAGUGACACAAGUGUAGACUCUGAAGACAGUUUUGCUUCUGUUAUAUUUGUUCCUAAGCCUGAGCCCCCUCCUGAACAAACAUCCAGCAAUACUUCACCCACCCUUCAAUCAAACCCUGCUUCUCCUGGACCAACCUCUCCCAAAGUCAAAUUUCCACCUCCAAUCUCACCAAAGAUGAAGCAACCACCUCAAAUAUCAUUUGGAAUGUCUUCACACCCUUCUUCUCCUAAACUUAAGCACCCUGGUGCUCUUCUUGGGUCACCUACUCCGGGUUCUCCAAAGAUCAAAUUCUUCUCUCAACCUACAUCACCGAGGCCUUAUCAAACAACCUUCUUGAUCUCACCGACAUCAAAAUCGGCUUUCAAGCUUCAAGCCUCUCCUAAUGGCUCAAAUACGUCUUCCCCAACUUGUAAAUCGUUUACUUUUGUAAAUCCAUCUACUUCUAAAGUUAUCACUCCUGUUCCAUUCACUGUUCCUAAUAUUGGACAUAUAACGCCAACUUCCCCUACUGCUGACCAACCCCGUCUUAGUGAAGUUUCCCCUAUUCUAUCCCCGACCAAAGCUUCAACAGCACCCACAGUUCCUUCUCCCAAGGAUGGCAAGACUGCCAGCCUGACGUCACCUAAGGAGGAAACAAAAGCAUCAGCAUUCCUAGAUCUGUGGCCAAGUCUUUCUCCAGGGGUCUCUCCCACCUCUCCAAUUAAAGAUUCCACAAAAAGAAUCUCUCAAGAUACUGAACCAGAGAAAGUGUCAGUGGAUAAACCUACGGAAAAGUUAAAGAAAAUUCAGGAAAUCAUCAAACAGAAAGAAAAAACAGGUUCGUCCAGAUCGCAGUUUCCUAUGGUGCGUCGCUCUGUGACUGUGUCGUCCCCUCGUAGUGGUACUGACACUCCCCCCACCCGGCCUCUGCCACGACUCAUGUCUCUGGAACUGUUCAACCCCGAGACUGAUGACAUGGACAGUGACUCCAGUGGAGUCUCAUCCCCUGACUCUGUAGGCAGUGUCAUCUCUGUGCUCAAUGACGAUGAUCAUAUCACUCAGGAAAAUUCGGACUCAAACAAACUCAGCGAGGGAAGCUCCAGUGAUGCUCCAGACACCUCUUCAACCUCUGAGCUUAAGCCUUCAUGUCUUCCAGUUGUAUCCACUCAGGAGAAAAUCCGCUUAGAAGUGGAAGAAGCUCAAAUAGAAACAGUACAUUCCCCCAGAAUAUCUCCUUCACAGAGUUUGCUUGAAGCCGCAGCGGAUGUUGCCAGCAGUCUAGAAGAAACUGUGGAUGCAGUCAUUCAGUCGAGUCCAAGAGCCAAGCGAAAACAGCUCAAACUAUUUGAAAACACAGACCCUCUGGUAGUACUACAAGAUGAUUUAGUACCCAGAAGGAACCCAAAAUUUGUUGUAAGAGAUAAGACAGAUGAUUCUCCAUCCCUUCUUGAAGAUUCAUUCAAAAGGAAGGCUCAAGACCGAUGGAGUCUACAACCAGAAAGUUCUGCACUGUUUGUACCUCUAGAUUCUGGUAAGGCAACUAGCUUAGGUGCCAUCCCCAAGGUCAGAGCAAAUCCUCCUUCAGAUGAGGUUUUGCGUGAAAAAGACACUUGGGAUGAGGAGUGCCGUCAACACCUUGCUGAUUUUGCUGAAAAAUUAAGUGAAAAGCUUCUAGCAGAAAUAGAUAGAUAUAGAGAGCAAAGCUCACUACCAAGUAUGAGUAUAGAGGUUUCAGAUUUCACCAGUUGUAUACAAGACAUGAACGAUCCAUACCUGAGCAGGCUAAGCGAAGAUCUGCAUGAUUUAAAAACUUUGAGCUUAGAGCUACAUGAGAGUCACAAUGUAGUAAAUCGGGUGCGAAAUGGUAAUACUUUGGAUGAUGCAACAGCUCAAUCCUCAGAAAAAAUUGAAGACAAAGUUAUCGAAAAUGAUUCAACUUCAGAGAGGUUAUUGGAACAUGAAGCCUCAGAAGAGGUUUUGACAGAUGAAAAUAAGACAAAAGUAACUUUACAGCCAAUGAACAUUUUAGAUACUAAUUUAGAACAAUCAAAUAGAUUAGAAGUCACUCAAUCUGAUCACGUGAUGCAAUCAGAAUCGCAGGAUAGUGUAGCUAAUUCUACUAAUAGUAACAAAGUAAAGUUAAAAGGUGAUGAAAUUGUAGAUAGACUAGUAGAUAAUCAAGAUAUUGUGACAAUAAUUACAGAAAAUGUUGUAGAUCAGAAAACGGAGGUUAGAAUUGAACUAAGUGAUGCUGAAAGCUCAGCUAGUAGUGACAACAGCUGGGCUGAUUCUAGAAGAAAUACUAUUCUCCAAACAGAUAAACACCUUCACCUGACAAAAGGAGAUAAUUCAGUUCUCAAACCAUGCAGUUCAACUUAUAGCGAGGACGUCACAAGAAUAGAAAUACUCCCUGGCAGUGAGGUACCGAGAAGACCGAGUAUUUCCAUAGAGACGAGUGAUCGUGUAGAGAAAGUUACAGCGAGGGAAAUAUUUGAAACCGGUCAACUGAAACCAAACAUCUCAGUAGAAUCAAGUGAUGCCGGAGACAUAUCUGAAAGAACAGCAAGCAGUAGUGACGGUAGUAGGUCAGGAUCAAGAAGAGAUACUAUCCAAAUCUGUGAUUCAGGAAGUGUCCUUUCAUUAAGACCUGGAACUUCACUGGAGUCGAGUGACGCGGGUGAUGUGUCAGAGCGGACGGGUAGUGGGAGUGAAAGCAGUAGAGCGGGCGAUUCCAGACGGAACACUAUAUCCAUAGGAGACCAUACCAGUGGAAGUCAGGCCUCUCUUCUACGGCCUGAAAUAUCAUUAGAAUCUAGUGAUUGUGGUGAUGUUUCAGAAAGGACAGGAAGUAGUGACUGUAGUCGAGCCGAUUCUAGGAGAGACACAAGCUCUGCCGGGAAGACAGCAAGUACCGCAUCACUGGCCUCAGACAGGGCGAGUGAUAAGGACGCUACAUACGCGGACAGAAGGAUCGCUAGAUGUGACGGUAGGUCUUCCUCAGAGGAGGCGGCGCCGCAGCGGAGGGGCUGCAUGAACAAACUGGUGCGACAGAGAGCUUCUACACAGGAACCACCGGAGACUCUGACAAAGACAGAGAGUUGUGAGACUUCUCUGAGUGGUUCUACCUCGCAAGAGUCCCUCAUGUCAGACAGUGGCGGAGGAGCAAUCACAUUCCAUCGCUACUAUCACGUCUUCAGAGAGGGGGAACUGGACCAGCUCAUAGAGAGGUACGUGGAGAAUCUGCACAUCAUCUCCUCGUACUAUGACCAUGCUAACUGGUGUGUCAUCGCUGAAAAAGUACAUGUAUGGACGAUCUAGAUUAUCGAUACGAUUUUUAAUAGCUUUAAAAUAAUCUUCGGUACUUUACUCGUACAAAGAUCUUAUAUAAAUAUCCUUAAGUAAAGUAAUUUAAAUGUAAAGUUUUGAUCUUAUUUCUACAGAGUAGCUUAGAGGAGGGAUGCUAUGAGGUCAUUAUUCUAAAUACUUUGAGAUAGAAUUGAUACAUUUUCGGUGUGCCACAAUUUAACUACACAACCUCGACCUGUACAUUUUAUAGUAAAAUAUUGACAUCAUGCUUUCUAAUAUUUUUCUGUGGUACUACAAAAUUGGAGGCGUAUAUUCAGGUUUUGUAUACAAAUAAUUUAUAUUUCUUACUUAGGCAAACUAACCUAAUUUGUAAAUUAGCUUUUACAACUUAAAUAUACAUAUAUAUUUAUGAAUGAAU